UGAUUGAAACAGAUUGAUGAGCCCGGCGAGGCGGAAUGGCAGCAACGCAAGGACUUAGUGGACUGCGCGAGCAAGUUUUGUCGGAAGUGUUUCAUUGAACUUUUGAACUUCAAACCCCUUUCUAAUGUGAGCAAUCAACCUGACAGCAUUCCUCCAGUCUGAAAAUGUCCCGGGGAUGUACAGUUUCUGUGGAAGAAGUCCAAUCUUGGUGGGAAGUCCCCGCCAUAGCCCACUUCUGCUCACUGUUCAGGGCAGCGUUCAACCUCCCCGACUUUGAAAUCGAGGAAUUGGAGAAAGCGCUCUCAGAACAGGACUUGAACUUCCUCGGGGAUCUUAUUGCUUGUCUACUGCAGGGAUGUUACCAGCGCACUGACAUUACUCCCCAGGCAUUCAGCAGAUAUCUGGAUGACAUCAUCAGCUACAGAUGGGAGCUUGAAGAGGGGAAACCCAACCCACUUCGGGAGGAGUCCUUUGAAAACUUGCCCCCUCGCACUCAGGUUGAACUGCUGCACCGUCUCUGCGAUUAUCGGCUGGAUGCUGCUGAUGUCUUUGACCUGCUGAAGGGUCUGGAUGCAGACAGUCUGCGGGUAGAACCCCUUGGGCAAGAUGGAAAUGGAGCCCUCUACUGGUAUUUUUAUGGCACCCGUAUGUACAAAGAAGAGAUAUUCAUGAGAAAAGUGGAGAAAAUCAGUGAAAAUCCCGGGUUAACAUUAACAGAGAAAAAGAAAAGAGGAAGACCACCAAAGAAAAAAAGAAUGGAAGACUCUGAGCUAAGUGAGGCAGAAAGUGAAGAGGAUACAGAAAAUGGAAUGGAAGAUAUAGCUCCUGCGAAAGUAGGUUGUCAGCGAGGUACCUGGUCCCUUGUGUGCGAAACAGAAGAACAGUGGGUUAACUUGGCAGAAAGCAUUAAGGAUAAACUGGCUCCCCAAGACCGCCAUCUGUACCGUGUCAUCAGCCAGAAUUUUCUACCUGAGAUACGCAACAUGAUUGAACACAAGGAGCGCGAGCAGAAACAGAAGCUUGAAGAUCCAACUCCAUUCCGUGCAUCACAGCGUUUCUCUGAAAAACACAUGAGCCAAGAGGAGGAUAAUGUGGAGGCCACAGUUGAGUUUGAGAAGAGAAAUGAUGAAGAGCUGGACAGGCAGGUCUUGCUGGCCGAACAGAGGCGAGAAGAAGAAAGGCUUCAGCAGGAACAACGACAGCGAGAGAAAAUGGAGAAGAUCAAAGCUGUGGAAGAGCGGGCCAGGAGAAGGAAGAUGCGAGAGGAAAAGGCCUACCUGUUGUCUGUAGGAAAAGACCUCCCACCAGAACUUCUGAAUUUAGAGCCGUCUUCACCAGUUCUCAGAACACGGACUACUAAGGAAUUCUUUGACAUGGAAGAUGACUACACAGGUUUAUACAAAGUGCUGGAGGCCUUGAAGGCUCAUAAAGAUGCUUGGCCUUUCUUAGAACCUGUGGAUGACUCCUAUGCCCCCAAUUACCAUGACAUAAUACAGACUCCCAUGGACCUUUCCACCAUUGAGAGGAAACUCAAUGAUGGAGAAUAUGUGGCAAAGGAGGAGUUUAUUUCUGAUGUGAAGCUCAUAUUUAAAAACUGUAUUGAGUACAACGGAGAAGAUAGUGAAUACACUGUGAUGGCACAGUCUCUCGAACGCUGUUUUAACCGGGCCCAAUUAAAACACUUGCCAGCAGAGGAGGGUGAUACUGAUGAAGAAUUCUACAUCAGCAAAGAAGACAAGGAGCGCAAGGAGAAAAAGCGAAAUCGUAGCAGUAAACAUUUGGGACCUGAAAGUCUAAUCAAGGCGACUCAGGAUGUUCAGCGUAAACGAAGUGUGCAGGGAGGCAAAGGCCAAAUGCUGUUGGAGGACAAGGUCCUCAAGCCAGUUCGACCACUUACACAUUCUCAUUGGGGCUUUCCUCCAAGUCAGCAACACCGACAUGGCGACAUCAAGGGCAUGUACCAUCCAGAACAAUGGUUACAUCGUCCUCAUGGUCCGCACAUGUAUGCUCAUAGAAUGGGCACGGAUCCCCGUUUUGCCUUCCCAGGUCACAUUCCAAGGCAUGGAGGCCCUGGCUUGAAUCGUAUGCAGCACGACUUGAACAUGCAGCAUCCUAUGGGCCAUAGGUAUCCAAUAGGCCCUGAUGGUAACCAGCUUCUUCCCCAGCAGCAGCACCCCUAUAUGGGUCCAACACAUGGCCCAUCUCUGGGUCCCCGUCCAAUGGCCCUUCAACUGAGACCUCCUCCUGAAGCCAGCAUAUACCCAGCCCAUUACCGUCCAGAGAGCCACACGAUGCACCCAAUGGGGAACCAGUUGUCAGGACCUCAACAGCACAAUUACACAGGCAUGAGCUCUCCUGGUAUGGUACGCUCUAACAUGUGGACUAGUUUGAAUCACCACUGUCCAGAGAGACCUAGUGGAAUGCACAUGCAAGAAGACCCUAGUUUGGUCAAUCAGCACAACCUGAGUUAUGGAGGAGUGCCACCUCCAGUGGGACAUAAACCAUGGCCGGAAGCUGCCGGAUAUCCCCAUCCUCCUCUAAAUUCACAAUAUCAAAAUUCUGCAGCAGUGGCCAGCCCCCCAGGCCCUGUGCAGCAACGCCCUCCCUUAACCCACCCGGACCCCUCCACCAAGAUGCGGUUAGCCUCUAUGUUGGAAAGUCCAGAAAUGCUAGCUCUACAGCAGCUGUCUGCCUCUUCCAGACCUCCCGUUGGUUCCCCCCAUCGCGACAUGGGCCACUUUCAACAGUCCAAGCCCCCCUCAGGGGUUGGCAACGUCCCAACUUGCCCCUCUCAGCAGCCUCCCCCAGCCCCUGAGGUUCAGCUGCUGCGUCCUGCUGGAGACAAAGGGCCAGACAGCCAGUCUUCCCCACAGACAGACAUUCAGCCCAAAGGACCUCCCGAAAACAAAGCGAGUAUCAAAGACAUUUCCAAUGAACCUCCUUCAUCAGAGAACACUGUUUCGCUUAACCAGGAGCACCCAUCCAUUCCAAACCCUACUCAACACCACAGUGGGCCAGCAGAGGGAUUGCACAGCCCUCAACAACCUCAGGAAAAUGUGUCUGGGGAAAAACUGAAGUCAGAGAGUGGAGCAGAGUGCCUUAUGCAGGAAGUAGGUGGCCAACUUCAAAAUAAUGGUCCCACUUCUGUGCCCUUGCACUUCCAUGUUAGUAAUAAGAAUUCUAAGAAUCCAUAUCCACUUACCACUGCUCAGCAUGCACAGAGCAGUCCUCUCCAGAGCCCUGCACUUGUUCAGCAGUGUGCGUCACCAUCUUUGAAUGCCACAUCAGACUGCAACUCGCCACAACGGCAUGAGCAGAAUGUUCGAAAACAACACCAGCAACGUCCAACCCAAGAAAUUCUAAAUAGGACAGCACCUCGCAACCACUGUCAGAACUCUCCUCCACAGAUGACCCUGAAUAUGACACAACUGCAAGCUCCACAUAUCACGCAAAGCACUCAGAGCAACUCUAUACGUAGCAUUUCACAUGGUGUCUUACAGAGAACCCAACCUGGACCCCCUCAUCCAACCCCUCUCACCUCUCUGACACCCAGCCACCCUCCUCCACAUUUACCCUCCCAGCCAAGCCCAGCAGAGCAUGGAGAACAAACACCGCGCAAACCUGCAAGUUGGCGAGACACCGAAGGUCCACAUGCAAUGAAAUUUGACUUUUCUAAUACUGCUUAUAAACAACAGCAGGCGUUUAGUCCAAACCAUCACGGAACCCAAACGGUGGACAGUCAUGCAAGUGUGCAGGCAGAAAGAGUGCGAGCACCUCCUCACAAUGCUGCCAUGCCUCCUCAUUCCCAAGAAAAUGGAGACAUGGGUCCAUACACCAUAGAGAACCCUCCACAUCCACAGUAUAGCCAGACAAGCAUGACCAGGCACUCUUCACAUCACCCUUAUUACACGCAGAACAUCAACCCCCUCCAGAGUACCCAAGACCAUUCCAGGUACCACCAGCAGCAAAGAACUGUGUAUUCAAUUCAUAUGCCUGGCCCUCAGCAUCUCCAUGCCCACACCAACAUGUACCCGCCAUUCCAGCAGGAACAGUAUUACACCCUACCGCAGGCCCAUAAUUUUGUUAACAGUAGAGGUGCUUAUCCUUCAGACGGUUGGCAGCCAUCUCAUCAGCCCAUGCUGCCUACAACCUAUCUGCCCGCAUCCAGUGCAAAAGGGAACAAUCAGGCCAAUGAGGGGUGUGUGUCACCAAAAGCCUCUGAGGGCUCCACUAUAGUGAGUUUGUUGUCCCCCGAAGCCGGGUCAGUCUCUGGAGGCUUGGAGGAGAGCAAAUGGGAAAGCAGAAACAGUGGAAGUGAUAGCCCAGCCAAACGCAGUCGCACUAAGGGGAACUUGGAGCAGCCUGAAAGUCCAAAAGAAAUCCUGGACCUCGAUAGCCACAACGCCGCCACUCGCCGUCAUAGCAACCAAUCGCUCGCCUCCACUGCACACAUUCCUCCUGGCUUUAUGUAUGACACCCGCACUGUGCACCCGCCAAUGCAUCCAGGCGGUGCUCCACCGUCCCACUGUGGAGUUGGGAAUGGAGCCCUUUACCCUAGACCACCAUACCAAGAUGCAGGACGAUUUAGUGUGCAGAGACCUCACCCACACCUGAUGGAGGCUCUUCAGCGGCCCCAGCAGUUGCCUCUCUCCCCUGGUCAGAUGCGCAUGGCCAUGUACCCUCACUCUGGUGGCCACUUUCAAAGUGUGAUGAUUCAGCAGAGAGGCUUGGCAUCUGAACAUUUCCUCCACCCAGGGCAACACGUGAUGACUGCACCGGGUGGAUCAAGCACCAAGCAAGUGUAAUGAAUUGAACCAAAAGAAAGACAUAGUGACCCACCUGACAGACAGCAGCAGAGGGCAUGACUUCCAGCUUCCAGUCUACAGCAACUUGUUCACAUUUGUCAUCCUGGCUUUCAAUUUUGGUUGGAGUGAAUAAUCAUAAUACUGAAUUCUACUGAGCCCUUGUGAACAAAAGUGUAUAGAUUACAGAUCUUUAAAACUACCAUUGUUGGGAAACAACAGUUGUGGUCGUCUCACAACAUCUUCCACUUUAUUGCUUUUUACCUUUGGUCUACCCUGUCCACUGUGAACAAUCAAAAUAUACACAGGGAGAGGGGCCGAGCCUUUUUAUAUUGUGCCAUUAUCUACUGACUCAAAUUGUUAAAAACUCAGGUACUGUAAAGGAAGAAGGCGGUACCGUGAGAGGCCUCUCUGACCAAGACAAAUUCCAGGUCCAGUUGUCUUGGUUUCUUUUUUUGAAUGUACGAGUGAAUGUUUCAUCGAUAAGCACACUCGCUGUGAAUGAGAGUCAAAGAUUCUGGAUAAAUAACCUAAUUAUUUGUACUCACUUAACCAUUUCCACCCAGACACAGAGUUUUGUGAACUAAAAAUACACUAUUAAUAGCUCCUUCACUGGUGAGACCGUCCGUCUGGGGCAAACAAAGACAACGCUGCUUGUAUCGGCUUGUACCUGAUUCCAUUAUGCACUGUGGCUUUCUUUGACUAAAUCUCCUGAAACUGAGUGGCCUUGGAUAGUCUUUAGUUUGUUUUAGUAAAUCCUCAUUUGUGUAUAUGUAUAAGUACAAAUCUAUCAGCAAACCCUUUUUUGAGUCGUUUUAUCUUUAAUGAAAGGAAUGACUUAAUGUGUGACGUUCCGCCUGCUGUUAGAAGGUUGCAACGUAAACAUGUAGUGUGAUAUUUGGUGUUUGAUGUGAACUGCACAGUCUGGUUCUACAUUUGCUUCUGGAAUUCACUUCCGCUUCUCAGGGAUCACACUUUGUACGGGUAUUUCUCGCUACUGAUUUUCAAGAGUUGCAUCUUAAAACAAGUUUACAUUUUUGGUAAGCUCCUCUUUUAAAGGAGGUCGUUUUGAUGAAGUCACUUUGCGUGAACUUGAACUGCUUAUUCCACACUGGGCUUAAUUUGAUGUGAUUGUGGAUUUAUUGGUUUGGGGAUUAUUAGAUCUUUGAUAGGUUUCACCUCGAAGUUACCACUGUUUUUGUUUUAUUACGCAGUCUGUUUGGAAGUAAAUCAAUCUACCUCAAUGAUCAAAUCUGGAUUCAGCAGGGUCCUGUGAGUCCAUCACUUUUACCAGUUGAGCUGAUGUUAGCAGCAUUAGCAUCUUUAGUAAAAGUGGUGUUGCUCCUUGACUUACAAAACACUGUAUAACCCUGGCAAAAUAAAUUCUCAUUGAAUCAUGCUAAAUGAAACUUUGACACCAACAUUGGGUACUCUACAUGAUGUUGAUGCAUUUGUUUGGCUUCCCAACUACACAUUUUUGCUCAGUGCCAGGAGUACAAGUUUGACAGUUUGGCAAGAAACCAACAUUUAUAGCAAUAGCUGCCUACGUUUUAUAUCGUAUGUUGAUUCAGGAUUAAAAGUAAAAAGUUAGGAGCUUCCAAGACGCAUGACGUGGUACGCUAUUAAAAUUGUGAAUUGUCUCACUGUAGUGGAUCUAAGGGGGUGGGUACUUCGGGGUACUGCCUUCAGUGCUGUUUUAUCUUUAGAAAACUGUUUUUCAAGGCUACAGUAUGUGAAGUUGUGCGUGGUGGUAUCUAAAGAUCUACAGGUGUGUGUGUGUGCGCGUGUAUGUCUGAAUGUAUGCCUGUGUGUGUCUGUUGUGCAGAAUUGAUGCCAGUUAUCAGUUAAGCAUGUGUAAGUCCAUUGUCAUUCAUUAGUCAAAACCAUUUAGAUGUGAAAUAUAUUUAUUUGCUUUUUUUUUUUUUCCUUGUUAAAUAUAAAUGUGCUGGCCAUGUCUUUUUAAGUGUCAAUCUGUAAGGAAUUACCUAAUUUUGAAGGGUGUUUACAGAUUUUUUUUUUUUACUUGAAUGUCAGAUUGUUUGGGAAAUGGACUGGUGUAUUUUCUAUACUGUACAUUUCUUAGAAAUAAAAACAAUUCCUCAAA